ACGUUGACUGCUGACGAAAUAUGCCCCCGACCACUCUCGUUCCGUUGGGACAAAAUGGUGGUUUGAUAGGCGCAGCCCGUGAGUCGUGCCACUUGAAUUCAUAUUUUCUUGAAUAAAUUGAAGAUCGUUUGAAAUUUUUGCAAUUUGUAAAUUGGCGAAAUGAACGCCAUCCCGGGGUCAAUUGCGUUCGACGAGUACGGCAGGCCGUUCAUCAUCCUCAGGGACCAGGACAAGCAGAAAAGGCUCACCGGCAACGAUGCAAUAAAGUCUCACAUUUAUGCCGCUCGCAGCAUCGCCAGUACCCUGCGAACCUCCCUCGGUCCAAAGGGUCUCGAUAAAUUGAUGGUCAGUCCCGAUGGUGACAUAACAGUCACCAACGAUGGAGCGACGAUCCUCAAGAAAAUGGACGUCGACCACGAGAUAGCUAAACUCAUGGUUCAGCUCUCGCAGUCUCAGGACGAUGAAAUUGGGGAUGGAACCACUGGGGUCGUGGUCCUGGCUGGAGCUCUGCUGGAACAGGCUGAAUCGCUGCUGGACAAAGGCAUCCACCCCAUUAGAAUCGCUGAUGGAUACGAAUUAGCGGCGCAAUGUGCCGUUAAGCACUUGAGCACCAUCGCUGAAUCUUUUCCAGUGAAUCCUGAUGAUUUGGAGCCCCUCAUCAAGACGGCUAUGACUACUCUUGGGUCUAAAAUCAUCAAUAAAUGCCACAGACAAAUGGCAGAAAUCGCCGUAAAUGCCGUGAUAGCAGUGGCAGACCUCGAGAAACGAGACGUCAACUUCGAGUUGAUAAAACUUGAAGGCAAGGUUGGUGGAAGACUGGAAGAUACUGUUCUCGUUCGUGGAGUGGUUGUGGACAAGGACUUCAGUCACCCCCAGAUGCCCAAGAGACUGCAAGAUGUCAAAUUGGCCAUCUUGACUUGUCCAUUCGAGCCACCGAAGCCCAAGACCAAGCAUAAGCUUGAUGUCACUUCGGUCGAGGACUACAGAAAGCUUCGAGAAUACGAGAAGGAAAAAUUCACCGAGAUGGUGGACAAGGUCAAGGCUGCUGGAGCGACAUUAGCCAUUUGCCAGUGGGGCUUUGAUGAUGAGGCUAAUCAUCUUCUUCUUCAGAAGCAACUCCCGGCUGUUAGGUGGGUCGGUGGCCCUGAAAUCGAGCUCAUCGCCAUUGCCACCGGUGGCAGAAUCGUCCCCAGGUUUGAGGAGUUGACCCCAGACAAACUUGGAUACGCUGGUGUCGUCAGGGAGAUGUCAUUCGGUACCACCAAGGACAAAAUGUUGCUCAUUGAAGACUGCAAGAACUCGAGAGCUGUAACGAUCUUCAUCCGAGGUGGAAAUCAAAUGAUCGUCGAAGAGGCAAAGAGAUCCCUCCACGAUGCCCUCUGCGCAGUCCGCAAUCUGGUCACCGACGAGAGGAUCGUCUACGGUGGUGGUGCAUCUGAAAUUUCCUGCGCAAUUGCUUGUGCAGCACAGGCAGAUAGCAUCAGCUCCCUGGAGCAAUACGCCUUCCGUGCAUUCGCCGAAGCGCUCGACGCCAUCCCCAUGGCACUCGCUGAGAAUGCCGGUCUCUCCUCAGUCGAUGCUCUGGCCGAGGCCAAGGCCCUUCAGCUCUCUGAAAAGAACUCAGCCCUUGGCAUUGACUGCAUGAACCGUGGCACCUGCGACAUGAAGGUUCAGAAUGUCAUUGAAUCCCUCAAGAGUAAAACUCAACAGAUUCUCCUCGCCACUCAGCUCGUCAAAAUGAUCCUCAAGAUCGAUGACAUUCGUUCACCGGCUGAUCCCUCAGAUUACUAAUUUAUAAGAUCAAUUUUCGUUUUUUCUACAAAUCGCUUCAUUCACGUUUACAAAAUUUUUAAUCGUUUUUCAUUACAAAAACACCACAAUCUGGUGUGACUUGUGAAAAUGUCACACAAACGCUUAUUUAUAAGGCAAAUAAAGAAUUGUAUUACUAAAAUAACCAA